AUGGCAGUAGUUUUGAGGUUUGUUGACAAAAGUGGGCAAGUGAAGGAGCGUUUUUUGGGUAUGUCACAUGUCACUGAUACUCGUGCUCAAUCACUGAAGCAUGCCAUUGAUGGAAUAUUUUCUACACAUGGGUUGAGCAUAUCUAACUUGAGAAGUCAAGGCUAUGAUGGAGCAAGUAAUAUGCCAGAUACUCUUCGAGCAAGUUAUCAUUCUAAUAUUCUGGAGAAGCUUAAUAUUGGGAAACUUACUGAUGGAAGUGAUGUUCUUGAGAAUAUAUUAGAAGAUGGCGUACAUUCAGAUCAAAAAUCUUCGGCCAGAAGACAGAUGAACAAUAUGCAAGAUUUUGAGUUUGUGUUCAGUCUCCAUUUUAUGUUUGAAAUUCUUACAAUUACAGACUACCUUUCGCAAGCCUUACAGAAAAAGGAUCAGGAUACUCAAAAUGCUAUGAGGUUAUUGAAUUUGUAUAAGUGUGCAUUGCAGAACCUGAGAGAGAAUGGUUGGGAUACUUUGUUGAGUAGGGUGAUUGAGUUUUGUGUUGAUCGACAUAUUUUAGUGCCCAAUAUGGAGGAUAUUGUAGUAGUGAAAAGUCGACCUAGGCGUGUAGCUCAGCAGGUGACUUAUUUUCAUCGCUUUUAUGUUGAUUUGUAUUGUCAUGCGAUAGACUCCAUCUUGCAACAGUUGAAUGAUCGUUUUUCAGAAACAACUACUGAGCUCUUUACUUGCAUUUCAUGUUUAUGUCCAAAAGAUUCAUUUGAAACUUUUGAUAAGGAUAAAUUGCUACGUCUUGCUAAGUUCUAUCCUUUGGACUUCAAUAGUGAAGAGCUUUUAUUACUUAGACUUCAGCUUGAUAAGUUUCUUAUACUUGUGAGAAUGGACGAAUCUUUCUUUAAUCUCAAUAGCAUAUCUUGUGUAGCUCAAAAGUUGGUUGAAACUAGAAGUUCCUGUUAUUUUCCAUUGGUUUAUAGGCUGCUCACCUUGGCUUUGAUAUUACCUGUGGCAAUUGCAAGUGUCGAAAGGGCAUUUUCUUCUAUGAAUCUAAUCAAAAGUGAUUUGCGCAACAAAAUGGAAGAUGAAUGGUUGAAUGACAAUUUGGUGGUUUACCUGGAGAAAUCUAUUUUUAAAAAGCUUGAGAAUGAGGCAAUAUUGCAACGUUUUCAAAUCAUGAGACCCCGUAGAAUGCAGUUGUCUAAGUUUAUAGUUACAGAGUAA